UGUUUUUCUCCCCUGCAACCGUUCACCAUCCUUGUAACAGUAGGCUCAGAGCCCCGCGUCGUGCCCCGCCAGAAGAGUCUAGCACGGUCCCGCCAGUGGCGAGCAAACUUCGAACCACGCAAUUCAGGGUCCGAGGAGAAGAGCGCAAACCGCGGCUUGAUACUUCAGCCUCAUCUGCUCAGGCGACCCCAGCAUCACCGCUGCGAGGCUUCGAGUUGCGUCUCUUCUGGCUGGCUGCGUAGUGCAGUUCCUGGGGCCCAGGUGACCGGUUCGCAGCCUGAGCAUCACCCCAGCGCCGACGUCAGACGUCAGUCGACGGAACCACAUCGGAAGAGCUCCGGAACGGCGCCACCAAUCUGGACUGGAUAUAACCCCACGUGCGAAAAUUUGCGCGUCUCAGAGGCUACCACGGUACCAGCCUAACCCCCGAGAUGAAGUUCGGCCACGUCUUUAAAGAGUGCCUUCGGAAUGAGGGCUUUCCGCCGGAAUGGGUCGACUCGGCCAUCUCCUACUCACAGCUCAAGAAGUGCAUCAACAAGCUAACCAGCGAGCUCGCGCAAGUGGGCCUCGAUCCGGCGACCCUGGGGAAGCUGCUCAAGCACGUCGAGGACUACAAUGCUUCAACAGACCAGAAUGACGAUCAGGACCGUCCUUUCGAGUAUAUACUCUCCGGGGACGACACCCCGGGCUUGACAAAAGAGCGGAAGCCGUUCCAGCCGAAGCUGCUAUUCUAUGUCAAUGAGGCGACCGGCGCACUGCACAGCGCCAAGCUCGAUGCGGAGACCAAGAGGAAGCUUCAAAUGCUCGCCGUAGAGAUGGGCAUGACUGACCUGAGAGUCUUCGAAGAGCCGGACCACGACUCUCUGACCUCCCUGGACUCAAAUCCCGACCCGACAUCACCCACAAACGACUUACCUCACACGAACGGGCCAAGAAAGCGACCAGGCUACCGGACGGUAGAGAUUCCCCUAACAUCAGACACCGAGUUCUUUACAAAGCUAUCGACUGAGCUUUCAGGCCUAGAGGCUCUACAAGAGAAGGAAAAGCAGAAGAUGCAUGCCGAAAUCGACGACCUGGGGAAGCAAAUGGCCAAGCUGACCGACCCGGACCGCCGCGCCAACAAGAAGCUCCUCUCUGUAUGGCGGCAGAUCUUCCAGCUGUACCUAGAAGAGGGCGUCUUUUUCGGGACCACGGAGACGGAUCAUACCGCGCACGAUGCGGACAAAGCCGCAAAAAGGUUUCAAGAGUUCUGCAACAAGAUCGCACAAGCCGGGCUGGUGGAUAAGUUCAAGAAGAAGGAGAAUAUCCAGGCUUUGAAUACUUUUAUACACAUCAACCAGGAGCUAUUGCAGGGCCUUCGAUUUGGCGAGAUCAACCGUACCGCUAUGUUAAAGAUAUUAAAGAAAUUCGACAAGCAAACCGCUCUCGGCGUAAAAGCCGCUUUCCCCAAACGCAUUGAAUACCCCGAGUUCUCCGAGCACCUCGCCAAAGCCGUCUGCGCAGAAGUAACCACCCAGGUCCUCAGCCACGUCCCGCAGCUAGACGACUACAGCUGCCCGAUGUGCAUGGACCUCAAGUGGCGGCCCGUCAGGCUCAGCUGCGGCCACGUCUUCUGCAUCCGCUGCUUGAUCGUCAUGCAGACGAAUAAGCAACAUAAUUGCCCGCUGUGCCGCGAGAAGACGGUCGUCGACGCGAAUUCUGCAGAGAAUUUGGACCUUGAACUUGCGGAUUUCCUCAAGAAGUGGUUCCCGGAUGAGGUUAAGGCGAAGCAGAAGUAUAACGAGCUCAUGGCUGGCAUCGACCAGUACGGCGAGGUGUAUGCGGAGAAAUGCACUGUCAUGUAG